AUGGGUGACCUCGUCGAUUCCAUGCUUGAUCUUAUGCGGCGUCUACCGCCUACCCAUGUCGAGGAAAACGUCGCCUCCCUGGUGGCCAUGUGCCCGGACUACGCGGACGACCUCCUGGGUAGCGUGGACCAGCCGCUCAAAGUGAUGACGGAUCGCGCGACGGGGAAGGAAUAUCUUGCUUGUGACUACAACAGGGAUGGUGACAGCUACAGGUCGCCAUGGUCGAACGAGUACGACCCUCCGCUCGAGGAUGGGACAGUCCCUUCGUCCAAGCUCCGCAAACUAGAAAUUGCGGCGAACGAGGCGUUUGAUACCUAUCGUGAAAUGUACUACGAGGGCGGUGUCUCGUCAGUCUUCUUAUGGGAUCUUGACGAUGGCGGGUUUGCUGGCGUCGUGUUACUUAAGAAAGCGCUGGUAUCCACCGCCCCAGGAGAGCCGUCAGGCUCCUGGGAUUCCAUCCAUGUCUUCGAAGCAGCAGAGCGCGGUCGCCAGGCGCACUACAAGCUUACUUCCACCGUCAUGCUCCAGAUGGUCGACCGCGCGGCGUCCGCACGCGGCAAGGACGAGGGUCUGGUCGGCGUGCGGGGAAAGCUGGGCGCGGACAAGGCGGAGGAGGGCAAGCGGGACGGGGAGGUGACGUUGAGCGGGAGCAUGACGCGUCAGCAGGAGCAGGACUGGCCACUGCAGGACCACACGUCGCACAUCUCGAACACGGGCCGGAUGAUCGAGGAGAUGGAGAUCAAGAUGCGGAACCUGUUGCAGGAGGUCUACUUUGGCAAGACACGCGACGUGGUGUUCGACCUGCGCUCGCUCGACGACCUGGAGAAGGCCCGCCGCCAGCGCGAGCUGCAGAAAGAGCUCGUUGGAUUCAUCAAGCGGUGA